CGUCGUCUCCGGGGCGUGGCCUGUCCAUAUUGGGCGGGGUCUUCGCCCCCGCCCCGGGGCCUACGCGUCCUUGCACUGCCCCGGGUUUUUGCAGGCAGAAGGGCCGGCUAGGGUCUGAGGAAAGCGGCUGGGCAGAGCCGAGGCACUGGAGACAGCAGCCUCUGAGACAAAAUAGUUGCCUACAAACUAUGGAUGCUACAACUCCACUUGAUGUGAAAGAGCACUUUGACGCUGAAGUGCAGAAGAACCGGGUACUAAGCCUGGAAGAAUGGGAAAGUAAAUGGGUGACCCGAAACAUUGGAUUUCACCAGGAACAAGGACAUCAGCUAUUAAAGAAGCAUUUGGACACAUUUCUUAAAGGCCAGAGUGGACUGAGAGUGUUAUUCCCCCUCUGUGGAAAAGCGGUUGAGAUGAAAUGGUUUGCAGAGCGGGGCCACACUGUAGUUGGUGUAGAGAUCAGUGAAAUUGGGAUUCGGGAAUUUUUCGCAGAGCAGAAUCUUCCAUAUACAGAGGAACCAUUCAAUGAAAUCCCUGGCGCCAAAGUGUUUAAGAGUUCUUCAGGGAAUAUUUCACUGUACUGCUGCAGCAUUUUUGAUCUUCCCAGAGCAAAUAUUGGCAAGUUUGACAGGAUUUGGGAUAGAGGGUCAUUAGUGGCCAUCAAUCCAGGUGACCGUGAGCGCUAUGCAGAUAUAAUACUGUCUCUACUGAGAAAAGGGUUUCAAUACCUUGUGGCUAUCCUUUCUUAUGAUCCAACAAAACAUGCAGGUCCACCAUUUUAUGUUCCAGAUGCUGAACUUAAAAGGUUAUUUGGUUCAAAAUGCAGCAUCCGCUGCCUUGAGGAGGUUGAUGCUUUUGAAGAAAGACAUAAAGCCUGGGGAAUUGGCUCCCUUUUUGAGAAAUUGUAUCUCCUUACAGAAAAGUAAAAAAGUCUGGUGGUGAUGGAGCACCCUUUACUCCCAGCACUUGGGAGGCAGGGCCAGGAGGAUCUCUGUGAGUUCGAGACCAGCCUGAUGUACACAGAAAGUUCCAGGGCUACACAGAGAAAAUCUGUCUUAGAAAAACGGAACAAAAUAAAAACAGUCAAUCCCUGUAUGAGUUUCUAAAACAAUUAAAAAUUAUGUUCAGGCUUGAAAAUAUAAUCACUUAAAUUUUUCUUAUGCAACAUACAUAUCUUUGCUCAUAACUUUUUAAAUGAAAUUACAUAUUAAAAUGUUACAAGUCAGUCCUUUGAAGAAUGUGUGAUUGGUAGCCAAACAUUAAAUACCAUGUGUCUUUUUCAUAGUCAGCAUGCAUUUCUUCUAUGACUAAAAAAACAAAAAUACAAUGGUUGUUACUUUAAACAAUAAAUAACAAAAAAUAGUAUGUAUGAGAAUUAGAAUCACUGAGAAGAUGUGUGAUUUUAAUGGGACUUGGGGUAGUCUACAUUGUAUUUUAAGCUAUACUUUACUAUAAAUCUUAAUCUACUUAGGUACUGGGACCCCUCUUCUCUUGCUUUUCCCCUUGUAUAAUUUUAUAUUUAGCAGAAUUAAGAAACAAAAAAAUUUAAACCAAUCUAUAUGAAGAAAGGUUUUUUUUUUUCCUGCAAACUGUAAGAAUAAAACCUGUAAGAAAUAUU